UUGUCAUCCAGUUUACAUCUCGUUCAUGUCAACGUUGUUUCCUUUAGUUCAUUGUGAACACGGAAGAUUGAUAAAAACCUAUUUUUCUACAUUUUAGGUGAUAGAAAAACAUUUGUGAAUAUUGUCUAACUUUUCUUUUAAUCCCAGAUCAUGCCAUCUACAAGCGAUACAGGAAAGCGUAAACAUGACCCAUGGUGUGAGUCUAACCAAGGAGAACCAGCUGUAAAAAGGCCGUGUGGGACAAAACGGUCAACAGAAAAAGAAGCAGUGAUAUUGAAUCAUGUGAAAAACACAAUUGGGAGUAUUGCAGCCAAACUGUACGAUCAAGAUGACACAAGGCUCAGCACAUUUUUGAAGAAUAAAAUAAAAAACCUGGAGACAGAGAAGAAGGAGUUGGUGGGCGUCUUUGGUAAAACUGGAGCUGGAAAGUCCUCUUUGAUAAACGCUGUCAUAGAAGAGAAGAUGCUUUUACCCUCUGGAAGUGUUGAUGCCUGUACAUCAGUCAUGAUUAAAGUGGAGUCUAACAGAUACAAUGAAAAAUAUGAGUUAGUGAUUGAAUUCAUCACACCAGAGGAGUGGGAAGAUGAGUUGGGGUUAUUGCGUUGUAUGGUUGAUAAUGGUAUUCAAGAAAACCAUGACGAUGAUGACAAUGAUGAUGAUGAUUACCAUGAUGCAGUUGAUAAGCUGACCGCUCUGUAUGAGGAAGAAUGGAGAGAAAAAUCCCCUGAACAGCUGAUGGAGCCCAAGUACUUCAAAGAAAUCCCAGAAUUUCUUCUUUUAAAACAGAAAACUUUGGGCUUUGCAACAGCGAGAGACCUAUCUGACUAUAUUACCAAGUAUACCAGAAAUGCCUCAAUAAAAGGAAGAAAUAAAAGCAUAAAGAAGUGGUAUUGGCCAAUUGUGAAGAGUGUCACUGUUAGGGUACCAAGGAAUAAUUUCCUACAGAAUGUCACACUUGUCGACCUUCCCGGCAAUGGUGACCGUAAUAAGAGCAGAGACACCAUGUGGAAAGAGAUUAUUGGAAACUGUUCAGCUGUCUGGGUUGUUACUGAAAUCAACAGAGCAGCUGCAGACAAGGAAUCCUGGGAAAUCCUAAAAAAUGUCUGCAAUCUAAUUGGAAAUGGUGGAGAAUGUCAACACAUUCACAUAAUCUGCACCAAAUCUGAUGAUAUUAGCCAUUCAUAUGAUAACUCUAUAGCUGAUGUUCAGUCUUUAAUCCUUAAAAGAAACAAGGCAGCAAAAGAUGGGGUGAUCGAAGAGUUAAACAAACUGACCAAGAUUAAGAAACACUUCAGCUAUGACUCUAUCAAAGUGUUCACAGUGAGCUCCAAAGAAUUCUUCACAAACAAACAUCUAAGUCCGGAAAACACUGAAAUUCCUAGACUUCAAGAAUUUUUGCAAAAUCUCAAUGACUGUCACUCAGAGACCAUACACUAUGUGUCUGGAGCACGUGGCAUCCUCUCUCUGAUGCACGGGGCCAGCUUAAGACAAGAGAAUGGCAAAAAUAAAGAAGUGCGUGAAGCUCUUGACAAAAACCUAAGCCUUCAAACUGAGUCAGUCAUAAAUGAAAUGAAUAAGAUUCACGCAGCUUUUGAAAAACACCUUCAAGAAGGAGUUGAGAAAUCCAAAAGCUCAUGUAAAGAAAUCUUGAAGUCUGCUCUAUAUCCCAAGGGUAAGAGUGGUCGGGGUUUUUGUAGUCAGCUGAAAAAAGCAGUAGAGAAUGGCGGCAUCUGGAAACCUAAAAAGGGGAAAGAAAUAAACCUCAACAUGAAAUUAACCUCCCGUCUGACUGACAGCAUUGACAAGCUAUUCAGAGAAACCUUUCCAAAUGAAAGACAAUGCGAUCCAUUCAAUGGAGCGAUCAAUACUUUUACACUUGGCACUGAUGGACUAAAACAAACAUACAAAGAUUUGGAACUGCAGCUGCUAUUCCUCAAGUCAGAGGAAGACCUUCUGAAAGCAAACCUGAGCAAAAGUACCCGUAAGCAGAAGAAAACAGUCUACACAAGUCUGAUAAGGACAAUUGAAAAAUCCAUGCAAGACUGCUACAAUGCAGUAGUAUUUUCAGGCUCUGGAACACUGCAGAACCUGCGGGAAACUAUUGAGAAACAUGUAUUUGGUUUAAAGAACAACAUGUUUGAACAUGCUAAAAUUGUUAUGCUCAUCGAACUGCGUGAAUUAAUGGAGGAAAUUCUCAGAAGACUAGAGCGUACCAUGAAGGAAGCUACUGAGGUCUCUCUUGGGACUGAUUAUCAGUCAAUUCCAGACGUUUCAGCAGAGUUUGAACUGGUACAAAAACUCUACGAUGAGCUGCUGCAAAACAGCCAGAAUAGAGAUCACUUUUAAGCUACACGUAUUAGUGGGAUUCAUUACAGGACACAUCUACAUCCAUUAAGAAGAAAAACUUCAGCAUGAAGAAUAAGAAAAGAUGACCAAAGCUUGUUUUGCCAAGAUGUUAUUUCUUCAGGUCUGGAUCAUAGCCAUUUAGAUUUGUUUUCCCUUUGAAUUUAUUUGCAACUGUUUUUCAUUUUGUCUAAAGGAAUUUAGAAAGUGAAAGUAAAAUUGCAAAUCAUUCAGGUUUGAUGCAAAUCCAUGUUUUAGUGCUUUAAACAAAAUUACAGGAGAAAAAAAAAAUCUAUCUUAUGUUUAUUACUUUUAAUAUUAUAUUGAACAAGUUGCAUUGGUUAUAUGCAGGAGUAUAAUAUGCAACUCUUUAUUUUGAAAGUUUAUUUUACAUAAGCUUUGCAUUUACUGAGAAAGUAGUCUUACAUGUAAUAUAUUCAGUAGAAUCAAAGGUACGUUUCAAAAGAAGAGAGUGAAUGUAUUGAUAUUUGGACUUACAUGUGAAAUAUAUCAAAAGUGGAAGUGUGGUGGGAGUUAUUUCUUUCUCUUUCUGUUGGGAUUUUUAUUUGUUUUGGAAUCUUGGUGAAAUUUAGAACUAUGGUUAUAUUUAAGAUCUGUUCAGUUAGGUGAGGGUGCAUGCCUUUUUUUCAACUUUCCUUAUUGCCAUUAAAAUGAUGAAAUAAAUUCACAAUGACCUGGGUAUGAUUUUCUUCUGCAUGAAAACUGUUGACAGAGAAAUUAGUGGUGCUAAAUGCAAGACGAUGACAGUCAAAAAAGAAAGUGGAAAAUAAUUAACCCAUGACUUAGUGUUAGUUAAACACAUUAAACCAAAAUUUAAUACAAAGAAGUUUCUUAAAUAUCAGACAAAUGAAAAACAACCUUUUUUUUUCUUUUACCUUUAUUCAGUAUAGAAAGAAAAAUCAUAUGUCAAAUUUUCUAUGAGGUGCAA